AUGCUUGAUUAUCUCAUCCACACAGCCACGCUGGCAUUGUCGCCUGGUGAGGAUGACCGAUUGGAGCACUGGCACAGUAAAGCUUGCAAAUGUGAUUGUCAAGGAAGUGCCAACUCAGUAUGGGCCACCGGAACCAACAGCUUAGUGUGCAUGCCGGAGUGUCCCUAUCAUAAACCCCUCGGGUUUGAGUCAGGAGCGCUUCCUUCCGACCAGAUAAGCUGCUCCAAUUCCGAGCAGUACACUGGCUGGUAUACUUCAUGGACUGCAAACAAGGCCCGACUUAAUGGCCAGGGUUUUGGGUGUGCAUGGCUCUCCAAAUUUCAAGACAAUGGGCAGUGGCUGCAGAUUGACAUGAAAGAAAUCAAAGUUAUCUCAGGGCUACUCACACAGGGGCGCUGUGAUGCGGAUGAGUGGAUGACAAAAUACAGCGUGCAGUACAGGACUGAUGAGAAUCUGAAUUGGAUUUACUACAAGGACCAGACAGGAAACAACCGGGUUUUCUAUGGAAACUCAGACAGAUCAUCCAUUGUCCAGAAUCUCCUGCGCCCUCCGAUUGUUUCCCGCUACAUCCGAUUAAUACCUCUAGGCUGGCAUGUGCGCAUUGCCAUCAGGAUGGAGCUGCUGGAGUGCAUGAGUAAAUGUGCUUAA